AUGUUGAACUUUCAGCCAGGGCAGGAGGACUCCGGCGGCAGCUCGCCAGCAGCGGCCGCGGUGGAUCCUUCGCGGCGCGUGUCGCCGCACGAGUCUCCCGUGGGCGAGGAGGAAGACAACGCGUCUGCCUCAACGGCGUUCGGAAACGACGAGACUCUCCGCUACAGACCCUCCACCGCCGUACGCUACGCGGCACCCAGCAACUCGCCCAAGGGCAAGUUCCUGCGCACCUUGCCUGUCGUGUUUGUGCUGGCUCUCGUCGCAUGCGUGGUCUCGAUCUACGUCGGGCUCCACAUCCUGCCCCUUCUGGGGCUCUCGUCCAGCCUGCAGGCCGCAGACCUCGCCAAAGACGCCUCUGCGUUCUCACGCGGAGUCGGCGAGCUGGCGACGCUCCUCGUUCUACUCGUGCUCCAGCUGGUUUCCUUCGCCUUCGCCGUCCUCGUGUCCCCUGGCGGAGUGCCCACCAUGUCGCCAGAGGAAGAAGAACACAUGCUGCUGCAGCAACCAGCGGAGGUGAAGCGCGACGGCGAGCGCCGCAGGUGCAAAUGGUGUCUGCACUACAAGCCUGACCGGACGCAUCACUGCCGCGUGUGCAGAUCGUGUGUAUUGAAGAUGGAUCACCACUGCCCGUGGAUUGACAACUGCGUCGGCUGGGGGAACCACAAGUUCUUCAUGCUGGCAGUAAUUUACUCGGCAGUUCUCUCCAUCUACGUGGCAGCCACCAUGUUCGAGUCGGUCGUUGCAGCCGUCAACUCGCCCACGGGCAGUUUCAGCGUCCUUUUUCUUCUUCUUUUUGGGGAGACUUUGGACGUUUUUCUGGCGCUGGUUGUCAACGGCUUCCUCGGCUUCCAUCUCUAUCUAAUGAGCAAAGGCAUGACGACGAUUGAGUUCUGCGAAAAACAAUUCCGUUACCGCCCUGGCGUCCGCGGAGACGAAAGCUCUAUGUGGAACCGCGGCAUUUGGCUGAACUUCAAUGACACUUUUGGCUACAAUCCGCUGCUGUGGUUCAUCCCCAUCGAUAACCGCCCUGGCAACGGCGUGCACUUCGUCCCUCAGCGCAGCGCCCACCUGCGCCACGGCUUUCAAGACGAGGGAGCGCGGUUUCCGGCAGCAGCUAAAGAACUGUAA